AUGGCUGUUAUCAUGGAUGGCAUCACGACCGGGGCCCACCACAGCGGUUUGUGCCAAGGCCACCGCCAACGGGCCUUGAAUUGCCAGCCUGCUCUGCUUGCCUGCUUGCCUGUCGUUGCCAGCCUGACGAGCGCCAGACAGCAGGCGGACAGCAGGCGGACAAACAGCCACUUGGGCUGGCUCCAUCCGCCGUUCCAUGGCACCCCCCGGGCAUUGCGUGCAGCGCUGCACCAUGCCAUGAUGCACACGACCGCACGCCCGCCGUGGUCCUCGAUGUCAUUGCAAUAUCCGCGCCCGCCGUUGCACGUCUCGCUUUGGGCCCUCGCGUGCACCAGGCCUCAAAUUGCACCACUCGAGCGGCACGCCAGCCCAGCAGGCGAACCAGAGGCUGUCUCGUCGUCUCGUCGUCUCGUCUCCCUCACUCGCUCGCCGCCUCGCCUACUGCCACCAUCCACCCAAGUGCCUAAACAAGUAGUAUGCUCGCCCAGCCGUUCACGCCCUCCCGCUUGGCGCAAGGCUUCACCGCGGGCGGCGUCUGCUCGUCCACCCGCCCUCUUCCACACGGCUUCGAUGCGUCUUCGUCCACACGGCGGCACACUCGAUGGCUGGCCUCGGUCGGCUCCGCGACAGCGCUUGCGCGAGGUCAUUCGCCCGAGUGGCCGCGCUGGACCUGACGCUAUCAGCGCGCUGGCGGUGCAGCAGCCGGCAGCACCUCCAGCCAGACCACUCAACACCUUGCCCUCACCCCCUCCCCUCCACCUCCACCAUCACCCCCGUCUGCACCAUGUGCCCUCUCACUGGCUGACGUGCCCUGGCUGCUCCGACCUUAGCGGCCGGUAG